UGGGGGUGGCUCGCGGGUCAGAAACCUUGGACUUCGGGGCGGGAUGCGAUCGCAGUGACGUUGUACAAACGUCUUUUUCAAAAAUUUAUUUGAUUUGGCUUGUAAACGGGCCCCCGCUACAUCGAGCUGUGGUAGCGAGCAGAAAGGGGCAGACGUGAUGUGAGCGUGUUUGUGGUGCUGGGUUUGGUUUGUCGUUCGGGUCCACAGCGGUUUGCGGAGAAAUCCGGAGGGGAGCCGGUCCCGGCGGCUUCCCGUCUCCAACUCGGACAGAUCUUCGCCCUGACAUCGACGCGGUUUGAAAUGUCCCCGGGCGGUCAUUAGCCGCGCUGAAGGCUCAGCUGCCGUUAUAACCGCCGCCAUGCCGAGGAUGGUGACCGUGCUGUCGCUCUGCUGGAGCUGUCUGCUCUUCUACGCCGGCCUCGGUCUCUUUCUCAGUGGCUUCCUGCUGGUUCGGGUGGAGCUCCGCAGCCGCAGUUCGUGUCGAGAGACGCCGAUCCCCGCAGCCCAGGCAGGCCUCCACGAAACGGGUUUCAGCCCAGACUCGUGUUGGAUGGCCAGGCGGUUCUCCAGGGCGGUCGUGCUGAUUAUUGACGCUUUGAGGUUUGACUUCGCCGACUACGAUCCAAAAAACAGGGACCCCAAACCGUUUGAGAACAAACUGGACGUGAUCUACCACAAUGUUGUUUCUAAACCAGAACAUGCCAGGCUUUUCCAGUUCAGAGCUGACCCUCCGACAACCACUAUGCAGAGGAUUAAGGGCAUGACCACUGGCACCUUACCUACCUUUAUAGAUGUCGGCAGCAACUUUGCAUCUUCUGCAAUUCAAGAAGAUAACUUGAUUCAACAACUGGUGCAAAAUGAGAAGAAAGUAGUUUUCAUGGGAGAUGACACUUGGGAAGGUCUGUUUCCAAAAAAGUUCUUCAAGUCAUUCCCCUUUCCGUCUUUUAAUGUGAAAGAUCUUCACACAGUGGAUGAUGGCAUUCUUCAACACAUCUACACAACAGUGGCAGGAAAUGAGUGGGAUGUACUCAUUGCACAUUUUCUCGGAGUUGACCACUGUGGGCAUAGAUUUGGACCUCACCAUCCAGCGAUGGCAGAAAAGCUCAGCCAGAUGAACAAGAUGUUGAGGUCACUGAUUGGCCAGCUGCAGAAUGAUACCUUGCUAGUGGUCCUAGGUGAUCAUGGAAUGACAAGUACUGGAGAUCAUGGGGGUGAAAGUGAAGCAGAAGUCAAUGCAGCAUUAUUUAUUUAUAGCACAACUCCACUGUUUGAGAUCAAACCUGUUGAAGACUCGAAUGUCGUGUCUCAGAUAGAUCUUGUACCAACCUUAGCUCUUCUUCUUGGGAUUCCUAUUCCCUACAGUAAUAUAGGAAUGGUGAUGGUGGACUUGUUUAUUUCUGAACCAAAGCUGGAUGAUAAUCAGUAUCUUGAACAGGCAAAAGCACUUCAUAUCAAUGCUGUACAGGUGAAUCGAUUUUUGGAAUCCUACUCUUAUGCUGCUAAGGAUCUUCCUGUGACAAAGCUGAAAUAUCUGAAGGAAUUGUUCUCCUCUACAGUGGUGGAGUAUAAUGACCUGAUUACAGUCAUUCAGAAGUCUGAAAAAAUUGUUCCUGACCAAGAUUUUCAUGCAAGGUUUCAAAAUCUGUUAAUCGCACAGCAACGUUAUUUGAGAGAGACCAAAGAAGUGUGUCGAGAAUCAUGGGCACGAUUCAACCCAGCACGCAUGCUUUAUGGUAUUGUACUUCUAGCAGCAACCUGCAUACAUUGUUUUCUGAUAUCAGAAACUGCAUCAACAUUUGAAUCUUUGUACAAGCAACUACUUUUCUAUCCAGUUAUCUGGGGUCUGACAGCUGGAUUAACAGUAUGUAUCUGGAUGCUGAUAUCUGGCAUUACGGUGGAACCACUGAUGAUAUGUUGUUGGGUUGCAAUUGGAUCACAUCUGAGCUUUCAUUGGAACUUCUGGAGAUUGGAAUGCAAGAAACAUAAUCUUUCAAAUGAACUAAUCCAAGGCUCCAACAUUUGUAUUCGACCAGAGUGGAAAAGUUGGCUUAAGUGUUUUAUACCUAUGGGAAUUCUACUAUUACGAUGCCUGGCUAUGUUUUCUAAUAGCUUUGUAAUAACUGAAGGGCAAGUAGUAUCAUUCCUUUUGAAAUCUCUUGUAACUUUUACGGUCUUGAAACUAAAAUGGAAUGGAAAACUUACCAGUUAUGGUUUAAAUACAUCAUUUGUACCAGAUAUACAAAAGAAUUCUGGUUCCGUUUCAUACAAACGAGAAUCUUUUUAUUUAAUUGUGUUCAUGGUGACCUUUGUGGUCUGCAUUCUUUUUUCCAGCAAUUUUUAUCACUGUCGGGAAGAAAUUGCAGACUGUGAGCCUUCCCCAUUUCUGAAGCCUUUGUCAAAGAUAAGUAAUAGUCAGCAAAAGAACUUCCAUUAUAUCCUGUCCGUGUCGUCACUUGGAGCCUUGGUCUACCUCAUACGAAGAUGGUUCCUUCAUUAUGGCAAUCUGAACAGUUCACACUUAGUUGUGUUUUUUAUACGUUUGGGUUUCCCAUUUAUUGUAUUUUGUUUGUGCUGCAAUUGGGCUGUGAAUGCUGCUUCAGAGGAAUCCUUCAUUAAACUUCAAGAUCUGACUAAGAAAAUUGUGGUAAUUUUCCCAUGCAUUGUCUUUGUGCUGGUAAUAACAGGGUUCCUUAUCGUCCUAUGGAAUCCGAUCACUGUGUUCCUAAAAGACAACAGGGAGUCUGAUGAAGCUGUUGCCCCUCCCUACAAAGGCUCUAUGGAAACGGAAGUUGACUCUCUACAUGUAGUCCCGUUGAUAUACCGUAAGAUGCAGAAAGCUAUGAGCGUAAAUUUUAACGACAGUCAAACAAAGACUCGGACAGUGGCUGCUUAUGGCUUAGGAACUGUAUAUUCUGCUGCACUCAUCACUGUCGUUGCUCUUUUGACAUUGUUACUUAUUAUGUUGCAUAAUGAGAGAAUGUCACUGGCUUUCCUGCUGUUAUUCUUGGAGGGAUUUUCUUUCCUUGAGAUACAUGGUACAGCAAGGAACCUUUCUUUGCAGUCUGAUAACACUGGCUAUUUUUCUGUUCCUUGGUAUGCGGUUACAGCCUGGGCCUUUACAGCUACACAGUUCUUCUAUGCUACAGGACAUCAGCCAAUAUUCCCAGCUAUCCAAUGGAAUGCAGCUUUUGUUGGGUUCACUGAAGGACAUAGCACCAAUAUAUUGCCAGCACUACUGGUGGGAAUGAACACUUUUGCAUCUCAUAUACUGUUUGCAGUUGGAUGUCCCUUGUUGCUGCUUUGGCCAUUUGUUCGUGAAAUGAAAAGCUCUAAAAGCAAGAACAUCAAAAAGGAAUCUGGCGAUGAAGAUCAAGUGAUGGAGAUGAGGUUGCGAGAAAAUCCUCAGAUGUUUUCUGCAGCCAUGCUGCAACUGGGAAUGCGAUACUUAUUUGUCUACGGUGCGCAGCUCCUUGCUCUUGUGUGCUCUGUUGCUGUACUGAGGAGACACUUAAUGGUGUGGAAGAUCUUCGCACCAAAGUUUCUUUUUGAGGCUUUGGGCUUUGUUGUGACAAGUAUCUACCUUGUUAUUACUUUUUGCUUCAUGGUGCGAGUGGAUGUUGCUGUCAACAGGUGGUUUAAAGAACUCCUUUUGAAGCAGUCAAGGUAACAUGUUGACGAUAAAACAUAACAGGGACUGCUGUAAAUAGUUACAAUGGAGAAAUUGCCAACCAAAUUGCAUACCAAAAGAAAAUGAUUGUUAUCUUAACAGUACCGUAUCUCUGGACAUCAGAAGUUGCUGCUGUAAAAGAAGCACAAAUUACCUUAAUGCCUUGUGUAGCCCACAAAGAAAUGCUGAAGUUUCACUGCGCACAUGAAUGAAAAAUAAGUUUGAACCAAUGUGAAUAAAAUCUAGGAUAAUAAAAUGUGA